AUGAAAAUCACACUCCCCCUCCUCCUCUCACUCUCCACCCUCGUCCUCGCCCACCCCCUCGCAGAAACCGACUCUGAAACCACCACCAAAAUCGAAACUCCCGCAUCCGUCCCCGAAAUCAACACCGAGCACCUCGCCAACACCGCGGACUUCUUCUCAUCCGACGCCGCCGCCGCCGCCGUCAUCACGACCGAAAAUGGUCUUUCGACUGAUGCCUGCAAGCCCGUCAUUAUGAUUUUUGCACGGGGCACUAAUGAAGAUGGGAACGUGGGGACGAUCGCCGGACCCCCUCUCUUUACCGAUUUGAGGGCUGCGCUUACGACGGCCAAAAUUUCGGUACAGGGUGUGGCUUAUAGUGCGAAUGUAUUUGGCUACCUCGCAGGCGGCGACACCGAAGGAUCCAAAACCCUCGCCAGCCUCACCAACCAGGCCUCCACCAAAUGUCCCUCGGCCAAACUCGUUUUAGGCGGCUACUCACAAGGUGCGCAACUGGUGCACAACGCUGCGAAAACCCUAUCCGCGGCUGUAUCAGCCAAGAUCGCCGCCGUCAUCGUGUUUGGCGAUCCGGAUAAUGGGCAGGCGGUGGGUAGUGUGCCCAGCAGUAAGGUGUUGAGCAUUUGCCAUGCGCAGGAUAUUAUUUGUACGAAGAGAGGGGGGUUUACUACCCGUGAGUUUUGGGUUUUUUCUUUUUCCAUUCCUGCUUUGCUGGGGGGUGCUGCGUGGAGAGGAGAGAAGAAGUUGCUGACGGCGGUUUUGAUAGAUUUGACAUAUGGGAUUGAUGCGGCAACUGCGAGCGCAUUUAUUGUGAAGGCUGUUGGGUCAGUUUAG